AUUAUAACUUUUCAUCUUUACAUAAAUAUGAAUUUAACCAUAUAUAUAUAUAUUUAAACUGAUGAUAUCAGGUGAAGGUAUAUAGUAGUAAUAAAAGUCGUCACAUACAGAGAGUGAGAGAAACGAAAAUCGGAGCAGAGAAUUUGUUUUUUCCCUCGAAAUUAUCAAUGGAGAACGUAGAGAGCGUAGCAAAAGCUGCAGUGGAGAAAUUGAAGGAGAUGAAUAUGGUGGAAAACGCAAAGGAGAUCGUCUUAAAAACGACGUCGUUCGUAUGGGAAUAUGCACGGAUCUUAUUCGACUGGUUACCGGAAAAUUUGAAGCAGAUUGUCGUGAAAAUGACGCCGUUCGUGCGAACUUCAUCCGACUGGCUACUGAAAAAUUCGAAGGAGAUUGUCGUCAAAACGACGCCGUUCGUACGAACCUCAUCUGGCUGGUUAAUGGAAAAAGCUCCUCCACUGAUAUCUACUUCCAUAAAUUCGAUCCGAAACGCUCCACUUCGUUAUACCAUUCCAAUCGGAUUUCUGCUGAUUUUGUUCCUCCGCCGGUGCUGCAGCGGCGGCGACGGCGACAGCGGAAAUGGGAAGACGAUGAAAGCUCCGGGAAGGAAUAAUGUAAGGAUACCAAGGCGUAGUUUUGAAAGCAGUCCUAAAUCCUAUUUCCGCGAUCUCCGCUCCCGAAAAAACUAAUUUCGGUAUAAUUAUUUGGUAUUUGAGAUCUACUUAUUUUAUUUAAUUUUUAAGUUCUGACUCGAAACCUUUAAUUAAAAAUAAAGGUAUCGUGAUAUCACUUAUGGAGUGGAUUUAUGUAAUUUUGUAUACUAUGUGUUUGUAUUUCGAAUUUUAUAAAUAUUUGAUUAUG